UCAUAAAGAGGUGAACAGGCAGCCUCUAACUUUUAAUCACACUUCACACCAAGGAGAAGCCACGAGUCAGAGAGGAGGGCGUUUAAUCAGCGCUGCGAGGCAGGUGAGACACUCUGGUCACACACAGACAAGACAAGUGUUUGAAGUGUGGAGAGUUGGCUGGUUCCAGUAAUGAGGAGCAUCCUUGGUGAUGUCAAUGCUGGGUGACCCGACAAGGCUUCAGGAACUCUCAGAAGCUGUGAAGGUAAAGCUCCUGAUGACAGCAUGACUGAGAAGAGACACUAACAUCUCAGUAACUCCACACACAGAAAGAGAACAGGUGCAUCUAGUGCGUUACCAAUCAGAAAAGUCACACCUGCUGAAAAUGGAGUCCACUUUCUCACAGGUGAUUUGGGAACCUGAGGGAGAAACUGAAGAGAUCUCUCCGAGAAGUCUGGGAUUGCGUCGCAAACGGGAAUUCAUACCUGAUGACAAGAAAGAUGAGAGCUACUGGGAGAAACGCCGCAAGAACAAUGAAGCGGCAAAGCGCUCACGAGAGAAACGAAGGGUCAGUGACUAUGUUAUGGAGACACGAUUGGUUUCGUUGAGUGAGGAAAACGCUCGUCUGCGAGCCGAGCUGUUGGGUCUGAAGCUUCGAUACGGUUUGCUUAACCCUGGGAUACCCUAUUCCCCAUCUCAAAGGGCUCUAUCUCAGCUUCACACUUUGGUGCCGCAACCUUUGGUUUCUUGCCCAGACAAAGACCUAUACUGGGGUAAAGAGCAUGAGAGAGAGCCUUCAAAUCUAUCGGGGAACCAACAAGCACCCGUCUGUCUUGGCACCCACCCCGGGUCAGCAUUCCUGCCUACGCAUCCUAUGGCCAUACGAAGAAAUCACCCAUAUCUACUAGACUUCCCCAGUCUCCAUUCAUCUACAGCUGCACCUUUACCCUUUCCUCCAUGCCUCACCCCAGCAGCAGCAUCUUGGGCAGGACGGCCCCUGCUCCAGCCUCGGAAUCAGAGGAUCUUUUCGGACGAAGAGGGUGAGCAGCAGGUGCCAGCAGAUUCCAGCACUGCCCUGCCCCAUAAACUAAGACUGAAGACGCAAAACUCCCAGCGCAAAGAUAACAGAGCUAAAUCUGCAUCACCAAAUCCAACAUACAUCUCAGACUGAAAUCAAGCUCUGGACUAAAAUAACUCCAUAGUUAUGAGUCAUCCUACUCAUUAUUGAUAACCGAACAUUGGCUACAUUCCAGGAAGUGUGUUGCAAACCAUCAUGAUAAAAAAUAUAUAUACAUUUCUUUGAUCCAAAGGUCACACAUUCAGAUAAAGUUUCCACAAUACAUUUUAAAGAGUCAAUAUUUCCAUCAUUGAGGUGGAAAGUGGCAAACUUGAAUUGGGGUAAUGACGCACAUGUGUUUACAA